AUGGAUCUCAAGAAUUUAUACGAUGAGUUGUUUGACAAACGUAAUUACAAGAAAGUCGUCCCACCUUUCGAGAGUUCAAAAGAGCCCACCAAAAUACAUAUUGCUUUCUUUCUGCAUGGCAUCAACAACCUGGACGAGGUGGAGGGAAAACUAACAACCACUGCUUAUUUGAGGCUAGAAUGGGAAGACGGGUUUUUGAGUUGGAACAAAAGGGAUUUCAAUAAUAUUUCCUAUGUUUACAUGCCUCAGAACGAAGUGUGGAAGCCAGACGUCUCAUUAAACAAUGGAUUCACUAAACUGAAAGAACUCGGCGACGACGUGAUUCUGGUGAUGAUAUUGCACAAUGGAAAAAUUUUGUGGAGACCGUUUGAAGUUUUCGAGACCAAAUGUGAUAUAAACAUUACUAAAUUCCCAUUUGACACACAAAUCUGCAGGAUAGUAUUUCGGAUGUGGACAUCACAACCAAUGGACGCGAGAUUCGCGUUAACAGAACCUGCACUGAAUCUAACCUUUUACAAGGAAAACGGUGAGUGGGACAUCAGCUCAUCCAAAGCGUUGCUAGAAAAUGACAACUUCAUUGUCUUAUUGUCACUAGAACGAAGGCCCGAAUAUUAUUUGCUUACCCUUAUCUGUCCUAUUAUCUUGCUGUCUCUUCUGGACAUUUUCACAUUCGUCAUUCCUGUCGAUAGUGGAGAGAAAAUGGGGUACAGCAUGACCGCGUAUUUAGCCUUUGCCGUUUUCCUUACCAUUGUAAAUUCGUCUUUACCUAUCAACUCCCGCACUACGUCCUACUUGGCUGUUUUUGUAAUAAGCUUGCUGAUUAAAGGAACUGUGAUUGUUAUGGUAACUGCCGCUCAAGUUCGAUUGCAUCAUCGACCAAAGGAAAAGAGUUUGCCUUGGAGCAUGCGAUUUGCUAUCAGAAUCAGUAGGAAGAUAUGUGCAUAUUCUUCGAAACGGGUGAAACCAAAGGAGGGACAUGCAAAAAAGAAAUCUAACAAUGACGUCCUUUCUUCCCCAAACCUCCCAGCAGUGCAAAAAAACUCAUCCAAGCUACCAUUAGAGGAGCUAAGUGUCGAGGAGGGGGACGAAAACGAUAUGUAUACAUGGGCCAACGCGUGUGCUGCUCUGGAUGGUUUCUUUUUCUGUUUCUUCUGUGUCGUUGACAUUAUUUUGGCUAUUGUAUUUUUCGCUGCACUUCAAUGA